AUGUAAUUAUACUCAGAAAAAACUAACUCUAUUGAUAUAACAUUUAAAAAUGUUUCUAUCACAGUUCAAACAAAAACUGGAUAAAAAUAAUUACUCAAAAAUGUCUCAGGUAUCUGCAAACACUCAGAAGUUACAGCUAUAUUAGGUUCAUCUGGUGCUGGUAAAACCACAUUGUUAAAUACUAUUUGUGGCAGAAUAUAGAAUAAUAAGACUACUUAAGUUAGCGGAACUAUUCAAGCCAAUUCAAAAGAUGUCACUUUUGAAAAUUUCUCAGAAUUUGGCUCUUACGUAAUGUAAGAUGAUGUAUUAUUAGAAACUAUGACUGUUAGAGAAUGUCUUUAAUUUGCUGCUAAUUUAAAGGUCUAAGGAGGUUAGUAAGAAAAAGAUAAAGUUGUAAAUGAAACUUUGAAAAAUUUAAAAUUAGAAAGAUGCUAAAAUACAUUAAUCGGAGGAUAAUUUGUAAAAGGUAUUUCUGGAGGAGAAAGAAAGCGUGCAUCGAUUGGAUUUGAACUUGUUACAAACCCUUCAGUGCUUAUUUUAGAUGAACCAACUUCUGGGUUAGACAGUUUUACAGCUUAUCUGUUAAUCACUGAGCUCAAAAGAUAUGCUAAAGAAAAGGGGAAAACAAUAGUAUUUACUAUUCACAGCCCUUCAUCUGAUAUAUGGUCUAUGUUUGACAGAAUUUUGCUUCUUGUUGAUGGUAGAUUUAUAUACUAAGGAGGAAGUAACGAUCAAAUUAUCAAACAUUUUAGUAAGAUAGGCUUUGAAUGCCCAAAACUUUAAAAUCCAGCAGAUUACUUUAUGAGCAUUAUGCAUUCUAACGACUCAAACACUAAAAAUUAUCCAAUUUACUUUGAAGGAUACGAUUCUUAAAUGAAGCAGAUAGUUGAGUCAGAAAUGGAAUAAAAAAAAGAUUCAUAGAUUCUUGUGAAUAAAUAUUCAACAUCUUAAUUAUAUCAAAUUACUCAGAUAGCUAAAAGAGCUUUUAAUACAAUUAAAAGGAAUCCCAUUCUUUUCAAAGCUCGUAUCUUUUAAGCAGUAGUUAUGGGAUUAAUUAUAGGUCUAAUUUAUCUCUAGAUGGAAGAUGGAUCAAACAAUCCCACUAGCAUUAGAGAUAUGAAUGAUAGAAAUGGACUUUUAUUUUUUGUUUGCAUUAAUUAAUUGAUGAUGUCUCUUAACCCAUGUCUUGUAUCUUUCCCAUCUAUGAGAGGAGUAUUUUUGAGAGAAGAUAAUUCUAAACUUUACACUGUUUUUGCUUAUUUCUUUGGAAGAUUGGUUGUUGAAAUAAUUCCUUCUAUUAUAGCCCCUAUAGUAUAUGGCAUAAUUUAAUUUUAUAUGAUUGGACUUAACGAUCAUACAGCAGGAAAUGUCAUUUUCUAUUUAUUCAGUUUAGUACUUAACAGCUUACUUGGAUUAGGUAUGGGUUAUAUUGGAGGUGCUAUAUUUUCUCAUAGUAAAACAGCAAUUGUUAUGGGUCCAUUAAUUUUCCUUCCUAAUGCACUUUUCGGAGGAUUCUUCAAGAACAGAAAAGACUUUGCAGAUUGGAUUUCGUGGAUUGAAUAUAUCUUCCCUAUUAAAUAUAGUUUCAAUGCUAUCGCUGCCAAUGAAUAUGAAUAUACUAAAUUUACUCCAAAUCCAACUACAUUACUUGAUAUGCAAUUUUCCAAAUGGGAAUGUGUAUAUAUAUAAUUAGGAUUUUUGGUAGGAUACUUAUUAAUCAGUUAUAUCUGCUUAGUGCUUAAUAAAAAGAGAUUAUAGUGA